CUAAGGUUACUCUAGAGCUCUGCCUAGAAGAUGGCGAUGUCUGAAGGAGGAGCACUUGCCGUCGGCACCGGAUACGGCGGCAGUGAAAUAACAUUCACGGUCGUGAUGAGCUGCCUCACGGCGGCCUCCAGCGGGCUCAUACUUGGGUAUGAUAUCGGAAUCACAGGUGGAUUGAUGCAGAUGGAGUCGUUCCUCGAGGCUUUCUUCCCGGAGAUCGUGCGAAAAAUGUCCAAUGCACAGCAGGAUGCGCAUUGCAUCUUCCAAAGCCAGGUGCUCAACGCCUUCGUCUCUUCGUUCUACCUCGCCGGCAUGCUCGCCAGCCUGGUCGCCGGCCACGUAACCAGGACGUUGGGCCGGAAGAAUUCGAUGCUGAUAGGUGGUUUGCUGUUUCUCGCCGGCGCUCUCCUCAACUCUACGGCCAUGAACAUCAGCAUGCUCAUCAUCGGACGCAUCCUUCUCGGAGUCGCCGUCGGCUUCACCAGAUUGUCAGCACCCUUGUACCUGGCGGAGAUAUCGCCGGCGCGGUGGCGCGGGGCGUUCACGAGCACCUUCCACUUCUUCCUCAACGUGGGGUUCUUCAUGGCCGAUGUAGUCAACUACGGCACCAACAGCAUCCCGAGGUGGGGUUGGCGCCUCUCGCUCGGCGUCGGCAUCUUCCCGGCAGCGGUUAUCAUCGUGGGCGCGGCGCUCAUUCCGGACACGCCAAACAGCCUGGUGCUGCGCGGGAGGGCCGACGAGGCCCGGGCCUCUCUGCGGCGCAUCCGUGGACCGGCCGCCGACGUCGACGCGGAGCUCAAGGACAUCAUCCAAGCCGCGGAGGAGGACAAGAGGUACGAGUCGGGCGCGCUCCGGCGCCUCGGCCGGCGCGAGUACCGGCCACACCUGGUUAUGGCCGUGGCCCUGGCGGUGUUCUUCGAGCUGACGGGCGUGACCGUGGUGUCCCUGUUCACGCCGCUCCUCUUCUACACCGUGGGGUUCACGAGCCAGAAGGCCAUCCUGGGCUCCAUCAUCACCGACGUCGUCAGCCUCGCGUCCAUCGCGGCGGCCGCGCUCGCCGUCGACCGGCACGGCCGCCGCUCUCUCUUCUUCGUGGGCGGUGUCUUCAUGGUCAUUUCCAUGGUGGCCAUGGCGUGGAUCUUCGGGGAGCAGCUCGGGACGAGUAGCGGGAUGCCGCGGGGCUACGCGGCGGCGGUGGUGGUGCUGGUGUGCGUGUACACCGUUGGGUUCGGCGUGUCCUGGGGGCCGCUCUCGUGGGUGGUGACCAGCGAGAUGUUCCCGCUGGAGGUGAGGUCGUUGGCGCUGGGGUUGAGCGGGGCGAUCGGGGGGCUGCUGUCGUUCGCGCAGUCGCAGUCGUUCGUGGAGAUGCUCUGCCGGUUCAAGUACGGCACCUUCGCCUACUACGCCGGCUGGGUGGUCGUCAUGACGGUGUUCGUGGCGGCGUUCUUGCCGGAGACGAAAGGCGUGCGCAUCGAAUCCAUGGGCGCUGUGUGGGCGCAGCACUGGUACUGGAAGCGCUUCGUCAAGCCUGCAGCGCCGGCGCCGGCAAAGCAGUCCGACGGGCCAGCUUGAUGCGUUGCGUACUUGCGUUUGUACACAGUUUUGUGACGCACGGCAUGGUUGCACACCGUCCGGGCAAAUUUCGCUCAGGCAUGCGGCUUGUUUGACUCA